CCCCUCUCUCCUUCUUCCCCCCUUCCCCUCCCCCCAGAAGCGUGUGUCACACAGGAGAAAGUGAGCCGCCGUAAAGCAAUGCCACGCUCAAUCCUGUAACUCUACAGGGACCCCCAUUCUCCCCUUGUUUCUUUGUGCUAUCAUCUGGGGUUUUGUCUCCCUGAUCUCUCGUUGCUUCCUUUGGCCACUCCUCAUCGCCCUCCUAAUUUAUCGCGGUAGCCUUGACGGCUACUGCGUCCGUCACUCGCCAUGUUGCUCAAACCUGCGACACCGUUGACCAUUCUUCUUCUAAUCGCCUUCGCUCUCUUACUUCUCUCCGUUCUCUCUACCCCCAUCAUUAAAAGCAUUCCACUCGCCACUUUUGAAAAUGUCGAAUACGGUGUCUUUGGGUACUGUAAAGCUGGGAAAUGCAGCAACCUCCAUGUCGGAUAUACCACUCAGGACAUCGAUAACACCGGUGACGGUGAUGAUUUCAAUCUGCCUUCGUCUGCGCGGAGAUCGCUUUCGUCCAUCCUGAUCAUUCACCCUGUCGCCGCUUUGCUCACUCUGAUUUGCCUGUGUCUCGCCGCAGCAGCUCACUUCCACGGUCCAUCGCAUUCGCCUCGCUACCUGCUCGGCUUAUUGAUCCUUCUCCUUCCAACCCUCCUCGUGUCUCUACUCGCCUUCCUGGUGGAUAUCCUGUUGUUUGUCCCGCAUAUGUCAUGGGGUGGGUGGAUUGUACUCGCUGCGACCAUCAUUUUGGUCAGUUGCGGAGUGGUUACUUGUGCGAUGCGCCGGACCCUCGUUAGCCGCAAGGCGCGGAAGAGACGCAUUGCAGAAAACGCGGAGAUGAAUGGGGAGAAUUACUACAAUCGCCAGAACGCUGCCGCUGCAGCAUUGAGUGAGCCCAAGUCGAUCCCGCCCGAAACCAAGGAAGCUUUCGUUACUGCCUCGCACAGCUCCGAUUCUGCACCCACGUUCGCGACAUUCCCCGCCGAUACGCGCGAGAGCGACGACGACCGGACACCUUUGAACUCCCGGAGCAAUCCAUCGAUGUCGGAGAGUACGUACCCUUCACGCAUACCUGGGGACCCGGUCCCUUACAACUCUUCGCGUGAUGAACUCGGAAAUCCAAUGCCCCCAGCGCCAUACGGUCCCGGAUCUAGAGCACGCCCUGGUCCUACAGGGCCCCUGGGGCCACCCGGGCCACCAGAUUCCCGAAUGCGCGACCCAUAUUCCGAUCCCCGGAGAGGCCCACCUCCAGGAUUCAACUCACGCGGUCGUGGCGGCUACCCUCCCCGUGGAGGAUAUGGCCGUGGCGGUCCCUACGCAGGAGGUCCCUACGGGCCUGGUCCUCGGGGUCCUCCCCCUCCAGGGCGCGGCGGUUCUAUACGUGGGGGGCCUCAAGGAAUGAUGGGCCGUGGAUAUCGACCACAACCAAAUGGAGGUUAUGGACCUGGACCUGGACCACGUAUGAGCCCACCCAUGGGUGAAGAUCAAUACGGCUACCGCGGACCCUCGCCUCCCACCGGACCCCGCCAAUCUCCCGGUCCCAUCGGAAUAGCUGUAUCGGCAGAUUCAAGACCCGUUGGCCAGUCAAUUGAAAUGACACCACAGCCAAGGCGCGAUCUGGAUCCCCAGGAUGCUCUGCUAGACUCGCAUCAGCCUCAUGCUGUCUCUACAAACCAGUACGGCGAGCCCAUCAGCCCUUCAAGCCUCUACAGUCGGACACCAUCUUAUGUUCCCCCUCGCGCCAAUUGGGGUCCUAACGAACCGCGUAACGCAGCAUCGCCAGCGCCCAACCCUGCGUACGAACCGGCUGAGCCGGAGCAGCAACCACACCAUAUUCGAUCACAUUCUGGAAGUGCUUACUAUGAGGAUGUUGACCCUGCGUUUGCAAGUCGCACCGAGCCCGCAGCGGGUAAUACGCGGCUACCCUCUGUUUUGACAGCAGGCAAUUCUACGAAGUAAGCCAUUUCACAUCGAUCUCCGAACGACCCGUUAACCCGAAAUGGCGUCCGCCCCCUCUCCCGGGCCAAACUGCGGCUCAGAUGAAGCAAGACGUAUUGCUGGAGAACAACCCCGACUUUGAUCUGCGCGCAG